GGUGAUGUGAUUCCAGUAAUAUUAGAUGCGUAUGAACUUUUAUAUUGCUCCAAGGCUGUUUUCGAUAUUAAAUUCAUUUGUCGCCGGAUAAACUAGCUGAAAGAUUCCUGGAAGAGUUCACUCAGGAUUCUAUGUCAUCAUAAAUUGUUAUACGCUCGGAAUACCUCUCGACAUUAAAUAUAUUACAUAUUAAUUGCUUGACCAUCUCUUCUUGGUACAGGUGAAUCUGUUCAGCUCUCUACACACAUCUCGAUAUUCCCAGAUACCAACGUCUACACGAUGGCGGAAAGAUCAGCCUCUGCGUCGACAGAAGAUAGAUUUGAUGACAAGACCGAAAAGCGUGCUCUGAUGGAUGCACAAGAUGGAGACUACAAUUUAAGAACACCAGAGGAAUUGGAACAUAUGGAGGAGGAUAUUGAGCGGGCAGAUUUACUUGCACCACCACCCGAAGAUAAACCAAAGGCACCGGAAAGUUCUGUGAGAUCUGCAGUAAUCUGGAUGGUGGUAAAUACACUUGCGACAAUUGGCAUCGUCUUCACCAACAAGGCAAUCUUCUCAGAUCCUUCAUUGAAACUCGCACAACUCACAUUUGCCGCCUUCCACUUCACGGUAACAUGGCUGACGCUCUACACACUCUCGCGACCACGGUUCGCCUUCUUCACACCCAAAAGAAUUGCAGUCAAGGACAUCUUUCCGCUCGCCAUCUCCAUGGCAUUGAACGUCAUUCUACCCAAUUUGUCUCUUGCUUUCUCGACCGUUACUUUCUACCAAGUAGCUCGAAUUCUCCUCACGCCAACCGUCGCUCUUAUGAAUUUCGUUUUGUACCGAUCCACUUUGCCUAGAAAUGCGAUAUACGCUUUAAUACCAGCUUGUCUCGGAGUGGGAAUGGUUUCUUAUUACGAUUCACUACCUGCUGCCGAUGCCAACAUCCAAACCACCAGCACUCUAGGGGUUAUCUUCGCAUUCUCCGGAAUUUUCGCCAGUUCUCUCUACACAGUAUGGAUCGCCAGUUACCACAAGAAAUUGCAAGUCAACAGCAUGCAAUUAUUAUUUAGCCAAGCACCAUUAGCAGCGUUCAUGUUGCUCUACGUUAUUCCAUUCGUCGACACUUUCCCUGUUUGGGCGGAGGUGCCUGUCAACCGAUGGGUUAUGAUUUUGAUGUCGGGCGGUUUUGCAUGUCUAAUCAAUUUGUCCCAAUUCUUCAUUAUUGCUCAAACUGGGCCCGUAUCGAGUACUGUUGUUGGCCAUGUCAAAACGUGUUCGAUUGUUGCUCUUGGAUGGAUGACCUCUGGACGCGCUGUGGGCGAUAAAUCAGUAAUUGGCGUGUUCAUUGCAAUUGCAGGAAUCGUUGCAUAUUCAAUGGUCAUGAUCAAACACAAAACCCAACCAAAGAAAUAAAACGGCCGACGUUAUACGGGCGUCAUGUCAUCUAUUGCAUGUGGUUAUAAUGUCCCAAACGAAAUUCCACGGUCUGCUUCUGUGGGCGCUUUCGAACUCAGAGCAUCACAUCGCUAUCAGUCGGUCUUUAUUCAUCCGAAGGAUCGAGUUAUCACGCAGCAUCUUCCUGUUUGUACAAUGUUACAUCACGAAGCCUUACCAAGCGGGGUUAUGGACAUGCGGAGGUAGUCUUAUCAGGAUCCUCGAGAACAGAAACGAUCUUCGAGUCCGUGCUUGUACUACAUUUCUUAAAAUUUGUUCAAUUAGAUAGACUUUCCUGGACUUGUUCUCGUGUUGGGUGGUUGGAAAUUGCCAAGGCCAUUGAUUAUAUUGUUGUAUUAUUAUAUUGUGUUUCCAUGGACAGGAAUUGAUGGUUUGAUUUACGCGAUAGAUACCAAAAUACUAUAUAAGUAUUACUUUUUUGAGCUCCGCA